CACAACACCGUCGAACGCCUCACUUACUGCACAAACUUGCCAGAAAAAGUUGAAGUCUGUAAAAAAGUCAUCUGCGGUACGCGCGUCGCGCGCUUGGGUCUUGGCCGAAAGCUGUUCGCUCAGUUUGCUGGAGUUUCAUGAGCACUAACCUCUUGAGCAAGCCUCGUUAUACCUCUCGAACUCCUCCUCGAGGAAAUACAUGGUUCCAAAGCGGCAUCGCGCUCGAGAAGAUCGCGCUGGUGGACCUCUGUCAGUCGCUCAAAUGCUGCUCCAAGUGCUUCCAAUGUCAUCUUGUGCAGGACUGACUUGAAUGCUCCGGAACGAUCGCCGUUACUCAAGGGCAGAAUCCGAACACGGUUCGCUUGAAGAACUAACUAAGGCUAUAUUAAUAAUGUCUUCGCACCACUUAGUAAGGCCUCCUCCUAUUAACUCUGAUAACUAUGAUUUCUCGCUCGUGCUUGAGGUUAUUUCUCGCUCGGGUAAUAUAUUGUAACUAUAGCGAGAAUUGUAGACGUAGACCCAGGUAACAAAAAAAGUAAAAAAGCGAUCUUGGC